AAGGAUAUGUCUUCGUCUGCUUCAUGAUCUCUACCUGACUAGAUUCUUCCAGCCACUGUUUGUAUCAAUUGAUGUUUGCUGGAUAUCUUCCGUCCAGGGUUUCUUCUCCACGCGGGAUCGGUCCAUCUCUUAAAGCCGAAAGCCGCAGUCUUUCUAAUCGUCACAACUUAGCCUGAUUUAAUCGCAUAACUCCUCGACCUACUCGCAAAUGGACGACUACCGCUUUCAAUUCAGUCCGCCAGACUCCGCCAACCAUUUUCACUCAAUGUCGCCAAAUUUGCUCAACGGACCGUCGAGGCGGGAUUCGUACCGCCGCCGCAACAGUCUGCCCACAGCCGUCGCAUCUAGUCCUUCCAACCAAGGGCUGGGUAUUCCUACACCAGAGAUCAAUUCACGAAAUGGUCCUUCCGCCUCAGAACUCUCGGCCGCCAUAUCCGAACUCUCACGAACCGGUACCCCGUCUAUGGUCCAGCUGGCUGCCCUGACGAGCCCUUGCUUCUUCCACCGCCGUUUCGGAGACGCCGUCAACAUAGAAAAAGUGCUGGACGAGAUAAAGGAAGAUGACCAACUGUCUCACAGUCGUCUUAUGCAGACGGCUGCCAGUGUUCGCGAGGUCUCACGCCAAUUACAACGAAGAUCCACAAAGCAAGCCGUACGCAAUGUCAUGAUAGUCACAAAGGCUCGCGAUAAUGCUUUGGUUGAUCUGACUCGCGAAUUGGCCGAGUGGCUGCUCGUCAAACCGCGUUAUGGCAGCGAUGUUGGUGUCAAUGUCUAUGUCGACUCGAAGCUGCGCCGAUCAAAGCGCUUCGAUGCUGACUCGUUGACUGCCAAAGACAGUCGCUUCGAAAGCAUGCUUCGCUUUUGGACCCCAGCCCUGUGUUGGGCCUCUCCUGAGCUUUUUGACCUCGUCAUAACUCUAGGAGGAGAUGGCACUGUCCUCUUCACAUCGUGGCUAUUCCAGCGCAUUGUCCCGCCCGUCAUGUCCUUCUCCCUGGGCUCCUUGGGCUUCCUCACAAAUUUCCAGUUCAACCAGUACAAGCAUCAGUUAGAUCGUAUCAUGGGUGAUGCAGGUAUGAGGGUAACGAUGCGUAUGCGGUUUACCUGCACAGUCUACCGCGCUGCUGCAUCAAAUUCAUCAUCUUCGUUGAACGCGGCCAACACCUCGGAUUCAGUAUGCCCUGUCACAUCAAAUCCAACCAAAAUUGAGGGCGAGACUCAUGAAGUGCUCAAUGAGCUAGUCAUUGACCGGGGACCGUCUUCCUACAUCUCAUCGCUAGACCUUUACGCCAAUGACUCUCUCGUCACCCGUAUUUCUGCCGAUGGCAUCAUUCUCAGCACACCAACUGGUUCGACUGCCUACUCGCUCUCAGCGGGUGGAAGUCUGGUACACCCAGAAAUCCCUGCCAUCUUGCUCACACCCAUCUGUCCUCAUACCUUAUCUUUCCGCCCAAUGAUCUUGAAUGACUCUAUGGAAUUGAAGGUCUCCGUCCCCACGAAAGGCCGAGGCGGUGGCUUUGUCAGCUUCGAUGGCAAGGGACGAAUACAGCUUGGUCUAGGAGAUGAGGUCGUCGUUAGAGCGAGCAAAUACCCCUUCCCGACCGUGCUCAGCCAACCGAUGGAGUGGUUUGAUGCCAUCAGCCGUACCUUGCGAUGGAACACCAGGGCUGCUGAUCAGAAGGAUUGGGCAGGCAGAGAUGCUGACGACAAAGACGAUGAAUUCGAUGAGGAUGGUGCUGCUAAGGGCAGCAAAGAACCCGAGUUCGACAUAGACUUUGAGGACGAAAUGGACAGUGUUCGGGACUCUGGAUACUCUGGAUCAAGCAGCACCGCCUGAAUAAUUCUUCUGACUUGUCAAUUCAGAGCAUGCAGUCAGUUCUGGACACUUUGAGGUACCUAGCAUCAAGAACAUAUUCUCACGGACACUUUGAGGUACUUAGCAUCAAGAACAUUGGUGGCUUGAAGCAAAGCAUGCGAUUCUUUCUCUUAUUUUUAGCUGUUUUGCGCAACGAUGCAGAUACCAUAGCGGAGCAAGAAUGACGUGACGAAGGGGAGUUUUUGUUUUUCUGAUGACUUGCAUACACAUCAUGAGUUGAUACAGAGAUAGAAGUGGCUAGAGGCAAAGAGGAUGAGAGAAAUUUAAGUCCAAACAAACAACACACUCGACCGCCUAGCUUUGGUGGUCCUGCAACUGUUUGAUCUC